UGUGCGCUCACCUGAGUCAGGUGCCCGGGGCCCCACCCGGGACGAGCCCGCGGGAGAAGAUGCUGCGCGGGCGGACGGUGCGGCUGCAGUACGGGAGCCGCGUGGAGGCGGUGUACGUGCUGGGCACGCAGCUCUGGACCGACGUGUACAGUGCGGCUCCAGCCGGGGCCCAAACCUUCAGCCUGAAGCACUCCGAGGGUGUGCAGGUGGAAGUGGUGCAGGACGGGGAGGCCGAGGAAGUGGCCACCAACGGCAAGCUGCGCUGGUCCCUCUCUCCCAGCACCACGCUGCGGCUCACCAUGAGCCAGGCCAGCACAGAGGCCAGCAGUGACAAGGUCACGGUGAGCUACUACGAAGAGCAGGGAAACGCUCCCAUCGACCAGGCUGGGCUCUUCCUCACGGCCAUCGAGAUCUCCCUGGACGUGGACGCGGACCGAGAUGGCGUGGUGGAAAAGAACAACCCGAAAAAGGCAUCCUGGACAUGGGGUCCGGAGGGCCAAGGGGCCAUCCUGCUGGUGAACUGUGACCGGGACACACCCUGGCUGCCCAAGGAGGACUGCAGUGAUGAGAAGGUCUACAGCAAGCAAGAUCUCAAGGACAUGUCCCAGAUGAUCCUGAGGACCAAGGGCCCGGACCGCCUGCCCGCUGGGUACGAGAUGGUUCUGUACAUUUCCAUGUCAGACUCGGACAAAGUGGGCGUGUUCUACGUGGAGAACCCAUUCUUCGGCCAGCGCUACAUUCACAUCCUGGGCCGGCAGAAGCUCUACCAUGUGGUCAAGUACACGGGUGGCUCCGCGGAGCUGCUGUUCUUUGUAGAAGGCCUCUGUUUUCCCGAUGAGGGCUUCUCAGGCCUGGUCUCCAUUCACGUCAGCCUCCUGGAGUACAUGGCUGAGGGGAUCCCCCUGACCCCCAUCUUCACAGACACAGUGAUGUUCCGCACUGCACCAUGGAUCAUGACCCCCAACAUCCUGCCCCCUGUGUCGGUGUUUGUAUGCUGCAUGAAGGACAAUUACCUGUUCCUAAAGGAGGUGAAGAAUCUGGUGGAGAAAACCAACUGCGAACUCAAGGUCUGCUUCCAGUACAUGAACCGCGGUGACCGCUGGAUCCAGGAUGAAAUUGAAUUUGGCUACAUUGAGGCUCCCCACAAAGGCUUUCCGGUGGUGCUGGACUCUCCCCGAGAUGGGAACCUGAAGGACUUCCCCAUUAAGCAGCUCCUGGGCCCAGAUUUUGGCUACGUGACCCGGGAGCCCCUCUUUGAGCCUGUCACCAGCCUUGAUUCCUUCGGAAACCUGGAGGUCAGCCCCCCAGUGACCGUGAAUGGCAAGCCAUACCCUCUGGGCCGGAUCCUCAUCGGAAGCAGCUUUCCUCUGUCCGGUGGCCGCAGGAUGACCAAGGUGGUGCGUGACUUUCUGCAGGCCCAGCAGGUACAGGCGCCUGUGGAGUUGUACUCGGACUGGCUAGCCGUGGGCCACGUGGACGAGUUCAUGACCUUCGUCCCCAUCCCAGGCACAAAGGGAUUUCGAAUGCUCAUGGCCAGCACCUCAGCCUGCUACAAGCUGUUCCGAGAAAAGCAGAAAGAAGGCCACGGGGAGGCAGUCAUGUUCAAAGGACUGGCGGGCAUGGGCAGCAAGCGGAUCACCAUCAACAAGAUCCUGUCCAAUGAGAGCCUGGUGCAGGAGAACCAGUACUUCCAGCGCUGUCUGGACUGGAACCGGGACAUCCUCAAGAAGGAGCUGGGACUGGAAGAGCAUGACAUCAUUGACCUGCCGGCCCUGUUCAAGAUGGACGAGGACCGCCAGGCCCGAGCCUUCUUCCCAAACAUGGUGAAUAUGAUUGUGCUGGACAAGGACCUGGGCAUCCCCAAGCCAUUCGGGCCCCAGGUGGAAGAGGAAUGCUGCCUGGAGAGCCACGUCCGCAGCCUCCUGGAGCCCCUGGGCCUGUCCUGCACCUUCAUCGACGACAUUUCAGCCUACCACAAGUUUCUGGGGGAGGUGCACUGUGGCACGAACGUGCGCAGGAAGCCCUUCCCCUUCAAAUGGUGGCACAUGGUGCCCUGAC